CCGAUACAUCGGUACUUUGCGCGCCUGCAUGACACUCUCAUCCAAUACCCCUCCCUUUCGACUAGUCUACAUGUCUACAAGUCCCAUAUACCUGAUCACCUGUAUGUGUACUCAAUCCAAGUCACAUUCCCCCAAGUUGCAUCGCGGCUUUGAACAUGUUGGCCCGAGAUGGGCAGGAAACAUGGAGCACAAUGGGCAAAUUGAACAUUCUUAGGGUAAGGAUUGGGUUGUUUCGCUGUCUUCUAUUCUCCAUCCUGGUAUCCUGGCAUGCCAAACUCGUCGACGGAUCUCCCGUUGCGCAUCUUCCUGGUAACGUUUGCACCCUGGGGAGUUUCUUCAGCAAGCCGCCCUUUGGAGUCUACAAGGUGGGGCUCAAGACUGUGUUUGUUUGUUCACAAGCGAUUAUUGCUAUUUUUUCGGAUAGUCCAAGAGAGGCCGAGUAAGCAGGUGAGCGUCCGGGGUCCUUAUAAGAUAUGUGAUCUUCUUCCAUACCAACAACGGCUCUGCCCGGGCGACCUUACCAUUGUAUAGUUAAUAGUGACAAGUUUGCCACUGCCAUUCCUUUC